AUGGCUAGAUAUGCAUGGUAUACAAGAGUCACAGAUACACUACAUAGACUGACGGUGCUAUCUCUGGUCGGUGGUACUCUCUAUAUGGCUGGCGGACUGGUGUAUACGCUGUAUAUGAACGGUAAACGGUACGAGAAGCAAGUCACUGCCAAGUCUGCUGCAAUUAAAGAAAAUGGAGAGAAUGAGGCGAAGGAGUAG